UCUAUUUUUAGACUAGGGGAAUUUUUUGCCUGAUGAUGAUCUUCGCCUUCUCUUGAGCAUCUCUGACUUCUAAACAUGAAUAUCUUACCUCACAAAAGUUGGCAUGUAAGAAGAAAGGAUAACAUAGAAAGAGUAAGAAGAGAUGAAGCUAAAGCUGCUGAUGAAGAGAAAGAAAGACAGAGAAAGAUAGCACUUGCUGAACAAGAAGCUAGAACAGAUCUUCUCAGAAGUAAAAACAGGAAAAGAGUUGCAGAAACUGUAGAAAGUGAGGCCAUUUCAGAAAAUGAGGGAAAUGAUGCAGCAACAGAAACGUCUACUUCAGAUGACAAAAAAAGCAUAAAUAUAUACAGUGGUUCAGGCGGACACAUCAACUUCUUCAAAGAUGCUGAAGAUGGGAUAGUAGAGAAGAAGAAAAAUGUUGAACAUGAAAAAGAAAAGAAAGAUGAAAAAGAAAAAUGGGAGAAGAACGUGGGAAUUUUAACAUACCUAGGACAAAGUCAAACUGAUGAUCCAACUCCCUGGUAUUUAUCAAAGAAAAGAAAGAAAGAAGAAGAUGGUGCUAUCUCGCCAAGGAGAGAAAGAGACGAAAAAAGAAAGAAGCUUAUGGAUCCUAUAUAUGAUCUUAAAAACUACGUGGAAAAAACGAAAGAUGCCCAUAGUCCAGAGAGGCAUAAACAUAAGCAUAAACACAAGGAAAAGAAGAAACAUAAACACAAAAGUAAAGAUAAAGACCGACCUCAGACUACAUCCUCUAGUAAAACAAUAGAACAGUUGAGAGCAGAGAGGUUGAGAAGGGAGUCAGACGAGAAAAAAAAGACUUCAGAAUUAAUGGCCAAAUUGAGGGGGGAAUCUGUUCCUGAUAAAUCUGACCAUGUUGAAUUGAAUGAAAGAAGGAGAGGCUACAAUUCUCAGUAUAAUCCAGACUUUGUUAGGAGACCAAAAGACAGAUGAUUUGAAUUACCUGAUUUGUGGAAUCGUUGUAGAACUUUUAGGUUUUUCUUUCAAGUUAGUUUGUCCAGUGAUUACCUGUCUUUCUAUUUUAUGUCAAUAAAUAUUUUUAAGACAUAAAAUAUUUUUGCAAAGUU